AUGGACUUUGCAGACGUGGUGCACAAGGCACUUGAGGAGAGGCAGCGCGGCGGGGCAGACGAUGGCGAGACGGGCGCACUUUCGAAGGGAGAUGGACAUGACAAGGGCAAAGAGCGUCCGCCGGCUCUGUCGCUCCUGUCUGUGCCCGGGUCAGACAGGCCGACGAGCGCGGGUGCGAGUCCCGUUGCGCGAGCACAGGACGGACCGUCUUCGCCUGGAACGCCGCGAACCGCUACCUCGCCAAGUUCGCCUCUCCAGCUCCCCUUUCUCCUCGCAAACGGCCGUCCGAACGCAGGCGGCUCGAAGCGGGGCCCGGAUUCUCGCUCUCCGUCCGCAUCGAGAUCGCCGACUCGUCGCCAGACGGCGGCAGACGAAUUCCUCCUUCCUCCUUUCUACGGCGCGCAGAUCCCCUCCUCGCCGACUAGCUCUCCCCCUUCGAACGCUCUCGGUCUCGACACACCUCGACCGAAACAUCGGACGCAGGCGAUGUUCAAUUGGUUCGACGACAUGAGGGAGAAGGAGGGAAGGGAUUCGGGCGAGACGGAGACGUUCAGGCGGACAGACAGUCCAGCUCGGCUCGACAUGAGUCGGUCGUCCUCGCUUUCAACAACGGCGAACAAGGCGAACGAUGGUCCGAACGGCGUUCCGCCCUGCCCCGCAUCCGGCGCGAAACCCCGCUCCUCAUACCGCUUCCCGACCACCUCCUCCUCUCCCUCCUCAUCCAAAACGCGCCGCCGCCAACCUCGCCAAAACGGCUAUGCCAACAGUAACCUCGCCCAGGACGCGCAGUCGAUGUCGAGCGACCGCGACUGGUCAGAUGUCGACUCGACGCCUGCUCCUCGUCCCAAGUCCUCCCCCUCCGCCUCGAAAGACAAACGUCCGCCCUCGCCUUCUCAUCCGCGCCGAUCAAGCACCGACGAGAAACGCCAAAACAGCGCCGACACGACUGGCGCACAAUCGAUGGGGUCGGACUUGACGAGCGGCGCACAAGUGAGCGGUGGCCUGCGCGGGGCUUUCACCGUCUCGGAUCUCGAGCGCGGCGCGCGAAUCUUGCGAGGCGAAGAGCCUGAUCGGCCCGCGCACGAGACGCCUGCUGGAGCGGCGAAAGAGUCGACCCCGAAGCAUACUUCGGCGCUCAAGAAGCCUCAACAGGCGCUUUCGCCGCUGUUCAAGGGCUCGACAAAGUUGUUGGGUGGAGGGAAGUUGAAGCGCGCGCGGUCGGCGGGCGAGGCGGAGGGUCCGUCGAGUGGGGUUCAGACGCCUUCGGGCGAGGCCGGCGGGCAUUCGAGGGACGUUUCGGAGCGAGGGAGCGUGCCAGCGACGCCUGCGCGGCCCAGGAGUAUGCAUGAUGCGGCGGGGGAAGAGGCAGAGUGGGAGGACGAGACGAGGGACCAGUUCGACACGCUGGCGGGCGCGCGGAGCCACGAUGCACAGUCGGGACGGCCGAACCAGAGUCGGAGAAGCAGCUUGUGGACGGGCGGAGGCUUCUUCGCGCCUCACCAUCGCGCAAGUGGGUCAGGGUCGGGGACGUCGACUCCUCGUGGCGGCGAGAGCGAGGACGAGGGCGCGGCAUCGAGCGGUCCCGGCCCGAAGAGGCCGGCGGGUGCGGCAAGGAGGGGCAGCGCCUGGAACGUUGUCAAGAACCGUUUCGGCGUUGCGGGAGGCGACAAGGGCAGAAAGAAGAAGGAGAAGCAGGGUGCGAGUUUGACCGGUCAUGAGCUCGUCUCGGAACUCGCUACGGGCGUCUUGCCGCUCGUGCUCGUCAAGAUGGCGACGAUGGACCGGGACGACAAGGGCGACAAGCGCAUCCCGAUUCUCAUGAACUACCUGAAGCUCAAGAUCACCGACUCGGUGUACCCCUUCCACGACCGCCACGCCAUCUUCCGCAUCGAGCUCGAGUACGGCGACGGCGCCGUCAAGUGGGUCAUCUACCGCGAGCUCAAGGACUUCGUCAACUUGCAUGCCCACUACCACGUCGCCAACCUUCGCCAAGGGAUCGACAAGUUCCCGGCCUUUCCCAAGACCAGCUUGCCGUACCUCAAUUGGCUCAAGAGCGAGGGACGGGGACAGGUUGGAAAGGCGGAGUUUGCGAGGAUGCAGCGCGAGGCGCUCGAGAAUUACCUCCUCAAGCUGAUCCGGGCGACGAUGUUCGGGCCCGGUGCGAACCGUCUCUGCAAGUUCCUCGAGAUUUCGGCCAUGUCGAUCAAGCUCGCUACUUGCGGCGGUGAACAGGGAAAGCAGGGUUACCUCCGCAUCACCUCGUCCGGCGCGUCGAGGCGCAAGCAGCCUGGCUUCCACCCGCUCAGCUGGAAGAAGCGGCAUGAGCCGAAGUGGUUCAUCGUCCGCGACAGCUACAUCGUCGCAGUCGAGAGCCCCGCAUCGACCGAGGUCUUCGAGGUCAUCAUGGUCGACUCGACCUUCGAGAUCGAGCGUCCGACGCGCAUGUAUCGCAAAGGCCUCAACUUCCUUCAUGCGAACGGCACGAACGACAGCCUCGACGAUGUCGACCCGGAACUGCGCGAAGGCAACGUCGACCUCUUGGCCCAGGUUGGGCGGCCUCAAGGCCAUCGCGGCGCAGGUGAUCCGAACGACCCUUCGACUACCGACCCGAAGAGCAACAACGAGAAGGAAGACCUCAAAAGCUCGUCCGUCCACACCUUCUACCUCCGCUCGAGCGAACGUAAGUUGCGCCUCGUCGCAAAGACGGAACGUCAGCAGGACCAGUUUGUCGCCAGUAUCGAGAAGAUGCUGGCCAAGACGAUUUGGGCAGGCAAGAACCGCUUCGAGAGCUUUGCGCCUAUCCGGUUGAACGUCGCGGCGCAGUGGCUGAUCGACGGGCGCGACUACUUCUGGAGUCUCUCACGCGCGAUUUCUCUCGCCAAGGAGAAGAUCUACAUCCACGACUGGUGGCUCUCACCUGAGCUCUACCUUCGCCGCCCCGUCGCCAACAACGAGAAAUGGCGGCUCGACAAGCUUCUUCAGCGCAAGGCUCGCGAGGGCGUCCAGGUGUUCGUCAUCGUCUACAAGGAGGUCUCGAACGAUUUUACGCCUGUCGACUCGCAGUACACCAAGCUCCGCCUGCGAGGCUUGCAUCCGAACAUCCACGUCCAGCGCUCGCCUUCGCACACCUCUACCGGCACGCUCCUAUGGUCCCACCACGAGAAGAUGUGCGUGAUCGACGACACCAUCGGAUUCAUGGGCGGCCUCGAUCUCUGCUUCGGUCGCUGGGACUCUCCCGGCCACGUCCUCGUCGACGACGGACCUAAUCCCAUCAAGGACGGCCGAGCAGUCCACGGCCUCGACACCGAGACCGCCGCGAGGCACCAGAUCUGGCCCGGCAAGGAUUACUCAAACCAGCGCGUCCUCGACUUCCACACGCUCUCGAAGCCGUUCGAAGACAUGUACGACCGCGGCAAGGUGCCGAGGCAGCCCUGGCACGACAUCGGCCUCCAAAUCAUCGGUCAGCCCGCUCGCGACCUCUGCCGGCACUUCAUUCAGCGAUGGAACUACCUCCUUCGCAUUAAGAACCACUCCGUCAAGAUGCCUUUCCUCCUCCCCGCGCCCGACUUCACGCCCGAGCAGCUGCAGAACCAGCGCAUCACCGGUACCUGCGAGGUCCAGAUCUGCCGCUCGGUCGGCCCGUGGUCGAUGGGCAUCUCGCACAUCGAGCACUCGAUUCAGAACGCCUACAUCAAGUGCAUCCAGCUCAGCGACCACUUCGUCUACAUCGAGAACCAGUUCUUCAUUUCGUCGACCGAGGUUGAGGGGACCGUCAUCGAGAACAGGAUCGGCGACGCCCUCGUCUCGCGCAUUGUGCGAGCCCACAGCGAAGGAACGCCUUGGCGUGCGAUCAUCGUCACUCCGCUCGUGCCAGGAUACCCUUACCCGCUCGACCACUCCGAAGCCGGUUCCGUCCGCCUCAUCAUGGAAUGCCAGUACCGCACGAUCUGCCGCGGCGAGCACUCGAUCUUCGCCCGCUUGCGCCGCGAAGGAAUCGACCCCGACGAGUACAUCACCUUCUUCGGCCUGCGCUCGUGGGGCACACUCUCGAACGGCGCCUUGACGACCGAAUCGACCUACAUUCACGCCAAGGGUAUGAUCGUCGACGACCGCAUCGCCAUCAUCGGCUCGGCCAACAUCAACGAGCGUUCUCAGCGCGGCGACCGCGACUCUGAGCUCGCCUGUAUCAUUCGCGACACCGACAUGAUCGACUCGACCAUGGCUGGCAAGCCUUACCAGGUUGGCCGGUUUGCGCACACGAUGCGCGUCCGCUUGAUGCGCGAGCAUCUCGGUAUCGAUGUUGACGAGCUCGAGGCGAGCGAGGGGCGGGAGGAGCUCGAGGCGCACGAGGCAGAGCACUUGACCUCGAAGGACGAGCAGUGGGAUCCCGACCACGAGCAGAGCGUCGGCGAUGACCACGGCGCCAAGGCGGGUAAGACGUCGCGCUUCAUUCGGAGUGCGGCGGGCGCGACGGGCGAGUACGUCAGCGGCGUGAGCGGGGGCGUCGCCGAGGCUGCGUCGCUCGGGUUGCAGAAGACGGCUGGCAAAGUCACGACCGACAUGAAGCUCAAGAUCGACAAGAAGGAGAACAAGCCGCCUCAGUCUGUCGACGACGACGAGGAGACGAACGCCGACCGCAUCGUGCAGGGCUCGUCCGGCACGGAUGGCUUCGCUUCGACAGUCGUCCCGACGCUCGAAGAGAAGGUCAUGAGCGAGGGCCGCCCUUCCGGCUCGAACAAGCUCGAUGGCAAUGUGCGCGACUUGCGUCAGCAGGCGGCGAGGGAGCGCAAGCAGGGCCCGACGCUCCAGUCGCCGGCUCAGAAGCGCGAGGCGAAGGAAGAGGCGGAAGGCGACGCGGGCGGACAGCGCCCUCCCUCUGGCGAACCGCAGCCGAGUGACAAGCACCCUCAGCGCAGCAAGCUCGGCGAAAAGACGACGCAGCACAACACGUCUGUCGACGACACGCGCAAGCUCGACAUGGAGGAUGCCAGUUCGCCCGAGGAGCCUGAGCCGCUUUCGCCUAUGAACGAGGACGGGCCCGAGUCGAAGGACAAACAGGACGAGCGCGAGAAGCAGGUCAAGGUCCACCCGCCUCCGCCCGACUUGAACGCCGACCCGCCCGACAUCGCCAACGCCGACCAGGGCUACCGCUCGCUCGACCAGGACGGCAAGGACGGCAAGUCGGCUGUGGCUUCGGCUGAGAGUCGCGAGAACCUCCACCGCACGACGAGCCAGUCGCAGGGCAACGAGCAGGCCGUGAACCGCAACACGAUCACGUCGAGCUUGCGGCGGAACUUGCGCGAGCGCGGGGCGUACACGAUCCCGCUUGCGGCGCCAAAGAUCGACCCGUAUGGCUUUGCGGACCCGCUUGUCGACUCGUUCUACAAGGACGUUUGGCUGGCGGCGGCUGUCAGGAACACGCAGGUCUACCGCAAGGUGUUCCGCUGCAUCCCUGACGACCUUGUCCAGACGUGGAAGCAGCACCGCGAGUUCCAAAACUGGGCUGAACGGCACAACAAGGCCCCGAAGAACGUCGUCCCGCCCGGCGACGAGGCACCUCACAGCGACCCCGCCGGUCACUCCGGCCAGCACGGCGCGGGAGGCGGCGGUUCAGGCGGUGGGGCGAUGGGCCAGGGGCGGGACGAGCCCGGUCCUACGAUGGACAAGGAGAACCGCGGGUCGGCGAUGGAGUCGAUCAAGUCGGCUGGUAUCCCUGGCGGCGGUACGGGGGAGAAGGAGAAGAGUCGCUCGAGGGACAAGUUGGAUGAGUAUGGGGUUGCGGAGGAGAAGGGCGGGAUUGAGCGGUCGACGGAGGGCAAGUCGACUAUAACGCGGAGGGCGAGGUCGUCGACUGUUGCGGCGUCGGAGGACUCGAGCGCGACUGCUGUCGAAGGCGGGAAGAAGGCGCGCGGGCGGAGCGGGACGGUCCUGCGCAGCGGCGGCGGCUCGAACGGCGAGAAGAAGAAGGAUGCGGCGUCGCCUAGCUCGCCUGGUGGUGCGAAUGGCGGGUCGAGCGAGUCCGGCGGAGGAGGAGAGGGGAAUGAGGGGCAUGAGCACGAGGAUGCGUUCCCCAAGGAGGAGAGGGAGCAGAUGGAGGCGCUCCUGGAGGAGGUCACGGGCCAGCUUGUCGUCUUUCCGACAAGGUUCCUCGAGGCAGAGUCCGCAGGCGGCAACUUCCUGUUCUCGAAGGACCGCAUCCCACCCAUGGCUAUCUACGACUGA